UCCUGGCAUGUACGCGAGAACGUUCGAUCACACGACGAUGGGCUUGAGGGUACGCUGUGCUCUUCUACGGGCAAUGCACGACCGUUCUCGACGACGGGCGUGAAGCGUCUCCACGCAACCAGAUGCCCGUCCGAUUCAUAUGCGAACGAAGUGCAACAACUAUCGAAAAACUUCAUUUGGGGAAAACUGGAACAACUUCUUGAAUUCUUCGGAUUCGGCAACGGCACACAGCCAAAGAAGGCCAACGGCACAAGUAUCGUCGAAGACGAUUAUGUCGACGAGCCUGGAGCCAACAAUUGGUUCGGAGACGUUCAGUAUAGUGAAAUGGACUUCUCCAGUGCACUGCAAAAAGUCGACCGUCAGGAACAGCACGGAAAUCGAUCU